AUGUACAAGAGAAUAAAGAGAAAUCAGUUAUUCGUGCUGGUACUUAAAAAUGACAUAAAGACUAAAGUAAAUAACACGAGUAAUACAAAAAAUAUAGAUUACGAAAUAAUAAAAACUGUUAUUCGUAAGGAGAAGGAAAAGAAUUUUAAAAACAUUUUCCUUAGUGUGAGUUUAAUUAAUAUAAGUAUUUUUAUUUUUACAUUUCAUAAUUAUUAUAGUAAAAUGAAUAAUAAUUAUUAUUGCCAUAAUGAUAUAACUAUUGCUGAUCAUAUUGUGUUAAAUGAGUUGGUUAGUUCAUUGGGAAUAAAUAAUUUAUCCGUAUAUUUAGAGAACAAUUUUUACAAGAGACUCAUUAGUAAUAUUCAAUGUGAUGAGUACUCCUUUAAGGAAAAUGCACUUCUGGGCUUGUUGGAACUGAUAUAUAAAAGUAGGACUGCCUUCAUGAAAAUUGAAAAGGGGAAGCGCAAAAGUAAUCGCUGCAGCGGUAGUAAUGAUCGUAAUGAUGAACCUGAUGAAGAUGAAGGGGAAAAAAGUUUCGAUGUGCUUGCGUAUAUCUUUGAAAAGCUGCAAGGUGGAUAUUUAGAGAGUACCAAAAAAAAGAUUUAUUCGUGUAUUUUAUUUUAUUAUAUAAAAUAUUCGAGUGAGGUUUUUUUAACGUACGAACAGAUACAAGAACUAGUAUAUAAUGAAAAUUUAUUUUAUUGCCUGAACAGUCAGAGAGAAGAAAUUAUAUCCUAUCUCUUGUUUAAGGUUUUAAAAAAUGACAAAUGCAUUUCGGAAAUAUAUGAAAGGGAAAAGAAAUUUAUUCAAGCACUUACACAACAGAGGGGUUAUCAGACUGAUAAGACUGAUGAGAGUGAUGAUACUGAUAAGACUGAUGAGAGUGAUGAUACUGAUAAGACUGAUGAUACUGAUGAGAGUGAUGAGGCUGAUGAUACUGAUGAGAGUGACAUAAGUAGUACUACCAAACGUGAAUGUAACAGAAACAAAAAUAGAUCCGUAAUACAUUUUUUAUUAUCAUAUAAUAAAAACAAGGAAAUAAUAAAUGAAGACUCUAUAUGGAAAUUAUACUAUUCAUUGAAACAAAAUAAUACCAAUUAUUACAAACAGAAAACCCUAUUUUUAUUACAAAAUUAUCUUAAUAAUAUUAAUGUUCCUUUUUCUUUUUUUUUUUUAAAGCAGAACAAUAUUACAAAUACUGUUAUUAAAAAAAAUAGUUACAACACUAUUAUGAACAAAAUUUAUUUGAAAUAUUUUGAAAAUACAGUUUUGUAUACAUUUAUUUUUUCUUUUCUUCUUCAUAAUAUGAACGCAAAGGAGUAUAAUUUGAAAUCUUAUUUUCAUAUAUGUAAAGAUAUAUGUAGAAGUAUAUAUAGCAAUUGUUUGAUCAAUUCCCUUUUUUUAGUAGAAAAAUCAGUCAUUAAUAAUCUAAAUGGGCAAGCAGACAAAACCCCAAUUUUUAUCACCUCCCUUUUUUUCAACCUGUUUAAUUCCAUGCUUUUUUCCCUUUCCAUUUACAAGUGCAAAUAUGCAUUGGCUCCUCUACUGUUCUCACAAAUGGUUAAAGACAAUUUUUUUCUUUAA